UCGGAUAAUUUUUUUCGUCAAAACCGCACGAACCGCACCGCAAACACCCCUAAUAUUGGGUCUUAAGCCCAGCUAAACACACAUAUUCUCUCUCUCCUUAUUUUUAUUUUUGACUCAGUUAAUAUAUUCAAUAUAAAAAGAAUAAAAUUGUCCUAUUAUUUCUCCCUGUCUCACAAAUUUUGCGCAAACUUGAUCCGCAUCGUUACAGACCCCUAAUCUAUAGAUAUGAUGGCUUUGAAUUUCUCUCUCAAAAAUACCAAAAAUGUCUCGUUCGUUUUCUCGAGAAAAACCUUGUGGCCUGUGCUUCGUUCUCUUUCACCUUCUGGAAGAUUCUGUUCCUAUACACAAUUCAUAACCCGUUUAUCUACACCCUCAUCAGCUUUCGCUUCUUCGUUAACCUCUUCUUUUUCGUCACAAUAGUAAUGCUGAUUCGUAUCUGCGAUGAAGAAUUCACUUGUGAGGAUCGAUGGUGUGGAAGGAGAUCAUGGGUGAAAAAAAGCUUUAACAGCGUUGAUUCCACCUUCUUUGCAUCAACAGAGGCUGAAGAUCUUGUUUAUCGCAAAAUAAUCAAAAACCGACAAAGAUUACCUCAACUAUAGAUGGAAACCCUCUUCUUGUAACCUUCCAAGGUUUGAUGGUGGGAAAUUUUUGUAAAGAUACAAAGGAAAGAAGAUAUUGUUUGUGGGAGACUUCAUUAGCAACAACAUGUGGCAAUCACUUACUUUUUUGCUUCACAUUGCAAUUCCAAAUUCAAAUUAUACCUUAACACAACAAACUAAAGACCUCACCGUGUUCUCAUUUCCGGAAUAUGAAACUUCAAUUACUUGGUUGAAAAAUGGGUUCUUAGUGGAUUUGGUUUAUGAUAAAGAAAAAGGAAGAGUGUUGAGGUUGGACACAAUUAGCACUGGGAACCAAUGGAAGGGUUUUGAUGUUUUGAUUUUCAAUACCUAUCAUUGGUGGACUCAUACUGGAAAAUCUCAAACAUGGGAUUGCUUUCAAGUUGGGAAUGAAUUAAUUAAGGAGAUGGAUCAUUUGGAAGCUUUUAAGAUUGGAUUAAGCACUUGGGCUAAAUGGGUUGAUUCUAAUGUUGAUCCUUCAAAGACUAGAGUUUUGUUUCAAGGAAUUGCUGCAUCUCAUGUUGAAGGGUGCGUGAGACAAACUAAACCAGAUCAAGGACCAAUGCCACUUUAUACUGGUGUAAAUACUGUAAAGAACAUUAUAAGUAAAAUGGAGAAGCCAGUACAGUUGCUGGACAUCACUUUGCUAACACAGUUAAGGAGGGACGGGCACCCGUCUAUCUACACAGGUCAUGGCGAAAGCUACGUCGACUGCAGUCACUGGUGUCUGGCAGGUGUUCCUGAUACUUGGAAUGAAAUGUUGUAUGCUGCUCUUCUUGAAAACUAGUAUUUGGUUUCAUUCAAUAUACAUCUAUUAUUUAUGUCAUUCUUUGAAAUUGUUAAGUUUGUUUGUGCACACAGAAAGCUACAAAGGAUUGAUAGGAAUAUGAACUUUAACCAAAUUAGUUCCUUCAUGUUGACAUUUUAAAAAGUUUAUUGAUCUGUCCCAUUUUUAUUUGUAUCUAUUCCUUUUACUUUACAAGGCCUAAGUUGGCCCCUUUUCUAGUUCAUAUUGUUUAAAAAGAAAUAUAGCAAUGAGAAUAAAUAGUAAAGUUUUGUGUUUAUGCAGGUUCACAUAAAGGAGAGUUAUUCUUGGAUGAUGAAGAAUCUGCUCCAUACAAGGCAAUUGUAUCAAGAUUUGGAUUUUAAUCGAGCUGUUAGUGGGAAUAAGCUUCAUUUGAAACUUCUCUAUUUAGACCUGCUAGCCACGGAUGUGAAGCCUGUGUGGAGACACUUGAUGUUUGGUAAUUUCGCUCGGCCGAGAUCAGUGUUCAUCUUCUGGUUAGCUUGUAAUGGGAGAUUGGCCACUAAAGAGAGGUUAAAGAGAUUUGGGCUGAUUCAAGAUGAUAGGCGUGUAUUCUGUUUGCAGCAAGAAACCAUUGGACAUUUAUUUUUCUGCUGCAAUAGACUGAAAAGUAUAUGGGAACAAGUUCUAAGAUGGAUCAACAUUGCUCAUACUCCAAUGGAAUGGGAUAGGGAACUCGAGUGGAUCACUUAUAGUUGCAGAGGCAAAGGCUGGAGAGCGACCCUCCUAAAAAGCGCGGUUACUGAAACUGUCUAUGCAAUAUGGAAAGCUAGGAAUGAUAAUGUGUUUGGGCAUAGCAAUUAUAUAAGAGACAUUGAGAAGGAGAUUAUAGAUAUACUAGUUUAUAGACGUUGGAAUGCAAAGAAAUAUGGCUGGAUCGUGAGCGAUCGCCGUGUAUAUAUUGUUUUUUGAAUUAAUCAAAUGCCAUUGAUUCAAAAAAAAAAGUUUUGUGCUUAAAGAUCGAAAAAACAGUUAUAGAACAUUUAUGUUAUUUUUUUUGGUUCUAAAUACAUGAAUUUGAUUCAUGCAAGAAAAUAUGUUCAAUUUAAGCAAUAAAUACCCAAAUAAAUAUUAUGUUUGGAUAAAUAAAACUCGACACCGUAUUUCAAAACCGUAUACAAAUAUUAAAGUUGAUAACCAUUUUAUAUGGGUUUAAAGUUGAAAAUCAUAUAAGUGCAUGUUUGGUUUGGUUCUUGGAAGGAUCAAAAGUAAUUAUAGAGGUGUGUAAUUGAUCUAGGGUGAUUUUAAGAUGUUUGUUUAGGCAAAAGUAGAAUUGA